AUGGGAUUGACACAUCGGGUAAUGAUUGACGGGGAGUUGAUGUAGAAAUGUCCUCACAGGCUUCCGCCUCGCCUCGCCUCGCAUCGACCUGCUUUUAAAGUUAUUUUAGAGUCAGCAUGAAGAAUAACGACGGCUCCGUCCAGAUGAAGACGAGGAAGGCGAAAACUAAAUACGAUUCCACAGGAACAAGUGCUGACAAAGUGAACGGGCUUGUGGAGGUCCCACCCAGAGAGACUUGGUCCCGACAGAUCGAAUUCUUGUUGGCUGGGAUCGGUUACUCCGUGGGAUUGGGCAAUGUGUGGAGGUUCCCCUUCCUGUGCUACAGGAGUGGAGGAGGAGCGUUUCUGAUCCCCUUCUUCGUGAUGCUUGUGGUGCUGGGAAUCCCACUUCUUUACAUGGAAAUCGCAAUCGGACAGUACUUUCGGGUCGGGCCAGUUAAAGCUUUAGCCUUGAUGUGCCCACUCCUCAAAGGUGUUGGUGUGGCCUCAGUGGCCAUUUCCUUCAUAAUGUGCACAUACUACAACCUCAUCAUAUGUUGGGCCCUCUAUUAUCUCAUCAACUCCUUCCAGAACCCUCUGCCUUGGCACAGCUGUAACAACACCUGGAACCAUCCGGAAAGCUGCACAGAUAGUCAUAGUGCCAGCAACAUCACAGACUCCGCCAGUCAGCAGUUCUUUGAUUACCACGUUCUUCAGAAGACAAAUGGUCUGGAAGACCUUGGAGAUAUACGCUGGGAACUUUUUGGUUUCCUUGCCCUUGCCUGGGUCAUUGUUUACUUCUGCAUAUUCAAAGGGGUUCAGUGGACUGGAAAGGUUGUGUACGUCACUGCACUCUUCCCCUAUGUUGUACUGCUGGCCUUGCUGGUGAACAACACACAACUUCCAGGGGCUGUAAAAGGAAUCAACUACUUCGUUAAUCCAGAUUGGGAGAAACUCAAAGAGAUCCAGGUGUGGGUUUAUGCUGCUGUUCAAGUCUUCAACUCCUUGGGCAUUGGCUUCGGCUCAUUGAUUGCCAUGGCGAGUUACAACAAGUCCAACCACAAAAUUCUUAAUAAUACAUUAGCCAUCUCAUUGACGAAUACAGCUACAAGUAUACUUUCUGGAUUUGUCAUCUUCUCUGCUUUUGGAUACAUGUCCCAAGUGAUUAAUGUCCCGAUUGACAAAAUUGCCGUGGAUGGCCCGGGAUUAGUAUUUGUGAUUUACCCUGAAGCCUUUGUUACAAUGCCAGUUUCUCCACUGUGGGCGGUCCUGUUUUUUGUUAUGCUGCUGUUCCUGGGACUAGAUAGUCAGUUUGCCAUGGUUGAGGUGAUGGUGACGAGUCUAAUGGAUGCCCACAAUGAUCAUCUGUUGAAAUAUCUGAAGAGGAAAGAGUUUGUGGUUCUGGCCGUGUGUGUCGCGGCCUUCCUGUUAGGAAUCCCAAACGUGACCCAGGGUGGGAUAUACGUCUUCCAGCUACUGGAUCACUACACCGCACAAGUAUCCAUCGUCUUCCUGGCCUUUUGCGAGGUGAUUGCGGUUUGUUGUUUUUACGGUGUCUCUCGGUUGUCACAGAACAUCACCGAGAUGCAGGGGAAGCCACCGAACAUUUACCUGCGUGUGUCCUGGCAGGUCCUGUCUCCCGUGCUAAUACUCACGCUGUCUGUGUUCGUGGUCCUCAACUUUGAGCCGGUACGUUACGGCAGCUACAAAUACCCGGCGUGGGCUCAGGGCCUGGGUUGGGUCAUCGCCCUGGCUUCACUGGUUUGGAUCCCUGGCGGGGCGUUGCACACACUCCUCACUUUGAAAGGCCCCUUCCUCAAGAGGUUGAGUAAAGCGAUCACUCCAGUGGUUCCCGUCCACGUGUCCAUACCAACAGAAGCUGCUGCCCUGGACACCUCGCCGGCUGUUACUCUGAGGGGGAUGUCGUCACCGCUGCAGGCCGAAAUAUUGCGGAGCACCUUUGUUUAAUGUCGGAGCCAGUUUGGGAGCAACGUCACCCCUUUGGGUUGCCUACGGAUUGAAUGGUGUAGACAUGAGGAGCUGAAUGGCCUCAUUCGGCUCCUAUCUCUUAUGAUCUUAUGAACGUGGGGCCCAGGGGGAUAGGAAAUCAGCGAAGCCUACAGAGAGAAAUGCGAGUUCCCGGUCUUGGGUCACAUCCAACCAGCACGGGCUGUGUACGAGGGAAUGCGCUCACAGGUUUUCAUUCAUUUGUUCUUUAUCAGUCUACAUCACCGUCUAUAACUCUCGUUUCUCCUUCCCCCGACUCUCAGUCUGAAGAAAGAUCUCGACCCAAAACGUCACCUUUCCCUUUUCUCCAGAGAUGCUGCCUGACCUGCUGAGUUACCCCAGCAUUUUGUGUCUAUCUGCAAUUUUAACCAACCCCUGCAGUUCCUUCCCACACAUCUCCUUAUCACGUGCCGGGCUUUGCCUUGCCUCUGACUCACUUUUCCGGCCUUCUCCUCCCUACUCCAUCAGUCUGAAGUAAGGUCCCGGCCCCGAAACGUCAUCUAUCCGUUCCCUCCACAGAUGCUGCCUGACAUGCUCUUUGUUUUUCUUGUCCAGACAUUUUGGCUGUUUUACAGCAAUGUUCACACUAUCCUACAGACACAAGGGACAAUUUACAUUUAUACCCAGCAAAUUAACCUACAAACCUGUACGCCUUCGGAGUGUGGGACAAAAUUGAAGAUCUCAGAGACAGAAAACCCACGCAGGU